AUGGCCGCCCCCGGGCCCCCGGCCCCCGGCGCGGGCUCCCGGCAGGGGCGGCCGCGGCACCCGCCGCCGGCCUCCCCACCCCCGCGCCCUCCUCCGCGCCCCGCGGCCGCGUCGGGGGUCCCCUCCCGCGGGGGUGCGGGCGCGCGGGGCCGCUCCUCUCCGCGUCGGUGCGGGCGGCCGGACGGCAGCCCCCCGUGGGCGCCGGGCCCGCAGGCGGGGCGGGCGUCUCCGUCCCCCCAUCUGCCCCACGGCCGGGCCCCCUGCACGGCCCGCCGGCCUCCGCCAAAGUUUGCCCUGCAGCGGAAAGUCGGGGCCCGGGGCGCUGCGCCUGCGGGGCGGGCAGGGGUGCGGGCUCGCCUCGGGUCGCGGGCUGCCCCUCUGCCGGGCCGGACGCCGCCCCUGCCCGUGGGUGUGGGCGUGCUGGCGCCUCCCCCCGCUACCCGCGCGCGCCCCCGGUCACGCCGGCGCUUGCCGCGGGUCCGGGGCUCACGCGUCCCCUCUCGCACGCAGUUGGAACCCGGGGAGCUAAGGCCUGGCCCUGGGAUUGGGGACACAGCUGCCUGCACCCUAGGCCCGAACAAGUCCCUCUCCCAGAGUCCCGGCGCUCUGUGGGGCGGCAGCGGCAGCCUCCCGGUUUCGGACUGCCUGCCGGCGCUCCUGCCCCAGCGCAAGGCCUCUUCACCAGAGGCCGUGACAGCCCCCAGGGUUGUGUUGGGUCCCAGGCCUGAGCCUUCUACUUAA